AUGGGUGAUUGGAAUAAUAUUAUAAAAAGAAAUAGACACUAUAUCAAAGCUAAUUAUAAAAUAAAGACCCAAGUUGAAAAUAACAGAUUACAACAACUUGGAUUAACAGAAAAUCUACAAACUCUAUUUCAACCAAUAUUAAAAAGUCAAGAAGAUAUUAAAAAGAGACUCGAGUCUCCUAUAGAACCCACACUUCAUAUAGAACCUCAUCACCCCGAACCGAUUGAAUAUGAUGAAGGAUUAUUAGAUUUAAUGAAUGGUGGGGAUGAUUUUGCUAAUGCCGAUUACAAGGAUUUUGUAGAUUACUCAAAAUUUCUACAUUUUAUAAGAAAAACGGGACCCGAAACAAAAAGAUUAAAAGAAGUUGAUCAAUAUAUAAGAGUUAUUAAUCAAGAUGAUGAACAUGCUGAAGACAAUCCAAUCAUACAAGAUAUAGACGAAUUCGAAGAUAUUGUAUCUGAACAUGAAAUAGACGAAUUGAAAGAGGAGAUAGCCAGAGAAAACAGUGGACAAGGUAUAACGUUUUUAUCCGACAACAACGAGGAACUACUUAAUAGAUUAGAAAUAAUAUUAGCAGCAAUGAAAGAAGGUCAUCGUUCAGACAGACAAUAUAAUGAAGUAAAUUGCAUAUUAAAAAGAUUCAUAGAGAAAGGUAUUAUAGAUAAAAAUGAUUAUAAAAACGUAAUUGAUAAGAUUAUCCAAUAA